ACACCAGAUGCACUGAUGACAAGGAAGAGACUCUGUUACUCCUUCCUAGCAGUGACAAAAGCACCUGAUGCUUCAGCCUAAUCUGGUCACCUGGGACUCAACGCACACACAUUGCCAUUAUGGCGUCUGACCAUCAUGCCCUGAGCGAGCAGGAGGAGCUACAGAGGCGAGCCAAUCAGGUGACAGAUGAAUCGCUGGAGAGUACACGCAGGAUGAUGCAGCUGGUGGAGGAGAGCAAAGAUGCCGGCAUUCGAGCGUUGGUCAUGUUGGAUGAACAAGGAGAGCAGUUAGAACGCAUCGAAGAGGGUUUGGAUCAAAUCAACUCGGACAUGAAGGAAGCUGAGAAGAACUUGACUGACUUGGGAAAGUGCUGCGGCCUCUGUGCUUGUGACAAACUCAAGGCCUUCGAAGAAAGCGGUGCCUACAAGGCGGUUUGGGGCGGAGCCUCCGGACAAGACGGCGUGGUGUCCAAUCAGCCGCCCUCAUCUCGAGUGGUGGACGAGAGGGAACAAAUGAUCAUGAGCGGCGGACACAUUCGAAGGGUGACCAACGAUGCCCGCGAGGACGAGAUGGAAGACAAUCUGGCUCACGUGGGCAGCAUCAUGGGGAAUCUGAAGAGCAUGGCGUUGGACAUGGGUAGUGAGAUUGAGACGCAGAAUAUCCAGAUGGAACGCAUCCAUGGGAAGGCCAUUCUCAACAUGUCGCGCAUCGAUGCCGCCAACCAGAAAGCUAACAACCUUAUGAAGCGGUAACAACUUUCCUCCAGCGAGCAACAAGUAUGGUCACACCUGGACGACUAAAGUGUAGACGCUUGUCAGCCCAGCUGAGGUGGAGCAACACAAAGAUGCUAGCUUGAUUUUAUGCUUGCCCUGACGGUAAGGUACGGUGGCACUCACAGCAAACACUUUGCAACGUCCAAACGUGGAAAUGAUCUGAAUCCAAAAAACACAUGCUAAGUAAAUAUCUACCACUGCACAUUUAUGAACAAAUUGACAUCUACCAUGACCCAUCCACUGUACAUGCAAACGAGCACGAUGGGACCCUCUGCUGGUGUACUGCGGUAUCGUCCACAGGAAUGACAGACAGUACAGUACUUUACUGUAUUUACUGUGAGAGCAACUCUGGCGACACCAAGCGGCCACAGACUGAAACUGCCCUUUGCUCGUCUCCAUCUUUACUGCGACUGAAUAGAAAAUGGAGGAGACGAUUGAAGAUGUCUGCUUGUAGCACUCAUUGCAUCACAAGCACAACAGAAAGAUAGCAAUGAUCCAAUAAACUAUACAGCGUGUUGUAUGUGUUGUGUGUGUGUGUCUGAUAGUCAUGAAGUGAAAUGAGUACCUUAAAAUGACUAGGAAUAAAAAUAAACGUGAGCACA